AUGGGUUCAGUCAUUGCAUGGCUCGGUUCCGAAGGUGAACGAGUUGCCACUCUUUUUAAGACUCUGGCCGACUGCGCGAAGAACAACAAGCUUCACUACAGAUGGGGGUUCUCAGAAGAAGAAGACACACUCUAUAGUGUGGAAGCCGGUGUGACGUAUGUGCGCUACUGCGGCUGGUUUGACAGAGUGUGGACGUUUCAAGAAAUCUGUCUCGCAAGACACGCAAAAUUAAUCGUUGGAACACAAAGCCUUGACUGGGAGACGUUCACUACGGGCUGGAAGCACCUCUACGGAUUCGAGCAUACCAGGCACAUCACAGCGAAGCUCAACAACAUUGCGACAGUCCGUACCGAUGGCGGCAACCUCCUACAGCUCCUCAAAUCUGUCUGGAACAGACAUGCAUCAAACCCAAAAGACAAAGUUUACGGCGUUCUCGGCCUCUACCGCGGUAGUAUCUUCAUCACACCAAACUACAACACGUCUAUACGGGAAGUCAUGGUCCAGGCAGCUAAAGCCAUCGUUGAAGAAACCCAAAACCUCGACAUCUUACAUCACGCAUGGGCCAGAUCCGGAGACGAAAAACUUCUCGGCUCCAUGUCUGAACCACGCCAGCCUACAUGGACGCCAGAUUGGGUCCAUCCCACCGCCGACGAUCGAAUAGCGAAAGACCUCGCAUCCUUACCAAAGCUGGAAUUUACAAACAUACACCCCUCAUUCACUUUCAACGUCAAGUGGAAAGGCGAGCACCUUGUAGCCAGGGGACUCGCACUGGGCCGAAGAGCAGACGCAGGCCAAGCGUCCAACUUCCAACAGAGAGAAAUGUUACCAUUUCCAGACUGCGCAUUCACACACACAACCCCCGCUUUCUCCUCUUCACAAAAUCUCCGAACUGCAUUCAAGAACCUCGAGCAGACUAAUCCGAUGCCCAUGACGGAUAUACCCACCUUCGCAUCCGCCGUCAAACGCCAUGACGAGGGCAGAUGCAUGUGCCCAAACCAGCCGGGCUCAUGGACCGUUCUACGCGACGAGUGGCGCGCAGCACAUGGCUACUUCGAUUGGAUCGUCGUGCUAUUUGGUGCACGCACGGCUGUGACUUUGAGGCCGAACUGGGUCUUGCAUGAAGAAAGCAAGUUUGACGGGACGUUUAGGCUGACGGAGACGUUGGAGCAUGAGGCGGUUGAGUCUGGAGGAGAUUUGCUGGAUGUGUAUGGGCAGUUUGGAGCAGGGGGAGGUGCGUUGGGCGGGAUGAGCUGUGCAUGGGGGGAGUUUGAGAUUAGGUAG